GGGAGAAAUUGGGUGAGAGAGAAAAGGAACUUGCGAGUCACACCGAGAUGCAUGAGACCCAUAAGAGUGAAACAUCAGCUCGAAUGAGGGGUUUAGAACUUGAGCUGGAUUCUCUGCGUACCCAGAAAGGAGAUGAAGUGAAGUUGCUGAUGGAGAAUCUCAGCGCGAUUGAGGAAGACUACGGCUACUU